AUGGAAAAAAAGUCGCUGAAACAAGUUGUCUCCAUCUUUAAAGUGAAUUCUCUGGGGUCAGAGAUGAAACCCUGGGUUAAAUCUCUGACUUUAGAAAUGCCUGUCUUUUCAAAGGAAGACCCAUUCAUCCUAGUGAGACUGACAACAAGUCCUCGAGAGCAGCUGUCUCUCUGUGUUUUUGUUGGUCUUGAUGUGGCAGGCAUCCUGGGUAACAGACUCAUUUGGGCCGCCAUUGGGGUCAGUCCAAUCCUUGGUACACUCAUGUACUUUUUGCUGGCCCAUCUGUCCUUUGCUACCUAUCUGCUCUUCGUUAUCCUUUGCUUUUCCUCCAUCAUUAUGCUCAAGAUAUUAGCCAACUUAUUGGCCCAUAACCACUCCAUCUCCCUAGAGGGCUGCCUGACCCAAAUGUACUGCUUAUUUGCCCUGGAUGUAACUGAUAGUUAUUUCCUAGUUGCUAUGGCCUAUGACCACUAUGUGACCAAACAGUACCCCCUCCACUAUGCCACACAAAUAUCCUGGGCCAUGUCCAUGGCCCUGAGGGGAACACUUUGGCUGGUAUCCCAUGUCCAUUCUGUCGUGGACAUCCUACUCAUGGCCUACCUGUCCUUCUGUGCCUCCCACCAAGUGCCCCACUUCUUCUGUGACCAUCAGUCACGCCUAAUGCUCUCAUGCUCUCGUCACAUUCAACUGCUUAUCUUUACUAAGGGUGUUGCAGUGGUGGUCAUUCCCUUCCUGUUCAUGCUGGUCCCCUACAAGACCAUCACAGUUGCAGUGCUCUAGCUGCCCUCAGCCUCUAGGAGGGAUGGUGUGUACACCUAUGGCUCCCACUUGGCAGUGGUAAGCCUCUUCUAUGGGACAGUCAUUGUAGUCUACUUCCAGCCUACAUCCAGAUAUGAGGCAGAGCAUGGCUGUGUGGCUGUGGUCAUGUAAAAUGCUGUCACCCCCAUGCUGAACCCUGUUAUUUACAGUCUCCAGGAUCCUGAUUUGCAAGGGGUACCCUGA